GCCGUGCACCGUCGCCAGCCAGCCAGCCCGCUCCCAGAGAGAGACCCGACCCGACCCCUGGUAACGGCAACCCCCGGCCGCCGGCGACAUGGUGUUCGAGCAGGAGGAGGAGGUGGCGCCGGGGGCCGUGCACGGGCACCGGCUGUCCACGGUGGUGCCGAGCUCGGUGACGGGGGAGGUGGACUACGCGCUGGCGGACGCCGACCUCGCCUUCAAGCUGCACUACCUCCGCGGGGCCUACUACUACCCGCCCGGCGACGUGGCGCGCGGCCUCACCACCAAGGUGCUCAAGGACCCCAUGUUCCCGUGGCUCGACGACUACUUCCCCGUCGCCGGCCGCGUCCGCCGCGCCGAGGAGGGGGCGCCGGCGCCGGCGGGGGGCCAGCCCGAGGCCGCCGCGCGCCGCCCCUACAUCAAGUGCAACGACUGCGGGGUGCGCAUCGUGGAGGCCAAGUGCGACCGCGACAUGGCCGACUGGCUCCGCGACGACGCGCCCGACCGCGUCCGGCAGCUCUGCUACGACAAGGUGCUCGGCCCGGAGCUCUUUUUCUCGCCGCUGCUCUACGUCCAGAUCACAAACUUCAAAUGCGGCGGGCUGGCGCUCGGCUUCAGCUGGGCGCACCUCAUCGGCGACGUAUUCUCGGCCGCCACCUGCUUCAACAAGUGGGCGCAGAUCCUGAGCGGCAAGAAGCCGGAAGCCACCGUCCUCACCCCGGAGAACAAGCCGCUGCAGGGCCACUCUCCAGCUGGCGCCGCCGCCGCGCCGCGCUCCGUCAAGCAGGUCGGGCCCAUCGAGGACCACUGGCUGGUCCCCCCGGGCCGCGACAUGGCGUGCUACUCCUUCCACGUUACGGAGGCAACCCUGAAGAAGCUCCAGCAGCAGGGGCGCCAUGCGGGCACCUUCGAGCUCGUCGCCGCGCUGCUGUGGCAGACGGUGGCCAAGAUCAGGCGCAGCGUGGACACCGUGACCGUGGUCAGGACCGACGCGGCCGCCCGGAGCGGCAGGGCCCUGGCGAACGAGAUGAAAAUCGGGUACGUGGAGGCGUCGGGCUCGUCGCCGGCGAAGACGGACGUGGCUGAGCUGGCGGCGCUGCUGGCCAAGGGCGUGGUCGACGAGACCGCCGCGGUGGCGGCGUUCCCGGGGGACGUGCUCGUGUACGGCGGCGCCCACCUGACGCUCGUGGACAUGGAGCAGGUAGACGUGUACGGGCUGGAGAUCAAGGGGCUGCGCCCGGUCCACGUGGAGUACGGCAUGGACGGCGUCGGCGAGGAGGGCGCGGUGCUGGUGCAGCCCGACGCCGACGGGCGUGGCCGGCUUGUCACCGCGGUGCUGCCCAGGGACGAGAUCGAGAGCUUCCGCGCCGCGCUCGGGAGCGCGCUGCCGGCCGCCGCCUGAACGCGAGCACCGCGCCGCGGCGUCCGUCUGAAAGCUCUAGUGUGGUGAUGGCUACGUUACUGUUACGGUUUGGUGAGCUUAGUUUCUGCAAUCGAUUUGAGAAGUGUUCUGUACUGGAUGAUGCUCCCUAAUAAUUUGCUCGAAUAGCUUAUGCAGAAUGUACCAAGAUUUACACAGGAAACUUUGAAAAAUAAUAGUUUGAGAGUUGAGACAGCAAGA